UACACUAUACUCCUCACUCCACUAAAGAAGGGGAAAAAAAAAAUCCUAAAUGCAUUGAUCGAUCAUCAUUUCAUAAAAAGCUCAGGAUGAGAAUUUAAUCCAAUUCGCUUUCCCUUCUCAAGAAACCCAAUUCCCACGCUUUUGUAUUUCUUCUUGUUUUAUGUCUAUGAUCGUUUGUAUAAAUACCGGUAAUCGUAGAUGAUGAAUGGGAGUAGGCCAACGGUGCAUCCGGUUGAGGCGCCGCCUUUGACCGAUGGGCCUCUGAACAGGCCGAGAAUGAGUAUGAAGGACGUUCAAGGCAUGCCAGGGACUCAUGGUGGCCUCAUUCUUCGUCUUCUUCAGUUCUCGUUCGGUCUCGUGUCUGUCUGCGUCAUGGCCACCACCAGUGACUUCCGCUCUGUCUCAGCUUUUUGCUACCUGGUCAUUGCUGUUAGCUUGCAAAUAUUGUGGAGCUUGUCUUUGGCUAUUGUGGAUGCAUAUGCCCUUUUGGUGAGAAGAAGUCUCAGGAAACGAGUAAUUAUUCGCCUUUUUGCCAUCGGUGAUGGGAUUACAUCAUCCCUUAUAUUUGCAGCUGCCAGUGCGUCUGCUGGCAUCACUGUCCUAAUUGGCAAUGAUCUCAACAAGUGUUCUAUGAACCACUGCACUAGGUUUGAAACUGCUACAGCCAUGGCUUUUAUCAGCUGGUUUGCCAUGACACCAUCCUUUCUCAUGAAUUUCUGGUCACUGGCUUCCCAGUAAGAUAGAAUCUUUAGUCGUAGAAGACUAUAUUUUAUUUUUAUCUUUCUUAUCAAUGGUCUUCCAUGGAGAUCUGUUUGUAACUAGUAUAUGGAUAAGUUUUCUUACAGUUUGGUUAGCGGAGUUUCAAUUUUGAGUUCAGCAAUUAAACUUUGGUGUUUCUAAUUGCGAGAAAUAUGUAGAAUUUGGUUAGCAAUUACCAUGACACCAUUUUCCCCCUUUUGCGACACUUCACCAUGGCCUCACUCCCAAUGCUUUUGUUAUACUGUGAAAACCCACACCAUGAGUGUGCCAUGACGAUCAAAUGGGAGGGGGGGUGAGUGCUUUGGUGAGGUUUCUUACCCUUCCCAAUUGGUAUAUAAUGGAGAAUUGAAUACAUAAGCUUGGAGCUUAGAGCUUGGAGUAUUUGGGAGAAUACAAAAUUGCUUUUCACUUGAGCCUUGCCAGCGCAGUCAACUGUGGCUUUGAGAAUGUCAUUGCAUCCGAGGCUUCGAGCAAAGUUUACAUGCAUUACAUAGACUAGGAAUUCCAGGGUCAACAGGCAUGAGAUUGCAUAAUACAUUCUGUGAUAAAACUGAGAUGCAAUUCUGUUAUCAGUUGCAGUUUCAUGAUAGUGGACACUGAGUCGUAUACAAUUGUAUGUUGUAUAAUUUUUCACGGUCAGUUGUAAAUAAUUUUUUGUCUCUUUUUCAAGGGAAUUCAGACAUGUUAUUAUUCUAUAAUAACAAAAACUUAUCAUUGCAAAUUUUCCUAUAUAAGC